GCUUCUGCAGCGCUUCUGGCUGCGUCGGGGCGGCAUCCCAGCGUUUUUGGGCUCGAAGCUCCCCCGGGGAGCCGCCAAAAACCGCAUUGUACUGGAGUCGUCCUUUGGUUCCGGCUUUCUCAAACAUGUGGACGCCAGUCAGGCUAGGGAGAGCGCUUUCUUCGCCUUCUACUCCUUCACAGAGGCAGAUGCCGAUUCUCGAAAGCGCAUCCGCCCCCUCAUUGAAGGCUUUGGUGUGAUCCUCCUGAGUUUCUGGGAGAGCUUCGAUUGGGUGAACAACAUGCAGUACCUGAAAGCCUGGAUGGAUGACCGGCUGCUGUCCACGCACAACGUUCUCUCCUGGUCUGUAGCUUCCAAGACGUGGCUCGAGAAUUUUCCUUUGGGCUACUAUUUCCUGGCUGUUCGCAAAGAUGUCGGCGAGCUGCGCUGCGAUCCCGAACUGAAUUGCGGGCCGUCUACGGUGGUGCCGCAGCUCACAUCAAGGCAUCUCUACGAUGCCAUCCGAACGAGCUCCCGGCGUCAGCGUGGCAACGCCAGCGUCGCCAGCAAUGUUCCAGUGAAGAUGAUGAGAAAAU